UUUACAACACUCUUAUUUGGGCUUCUUUUUUGAAUGCAUAGCGUCAGAUCCUAAAAAAAAUAAACAAUACGUAGUUUUUAAGAAAUUUACAGUGAAAUAUGCAAGAAUCUGGUGAAGAUGCUAUUGCUGCCCCAAUUGCCACGGAACAGGAUAUAACAACGCGUUUGGCCGCUCUGAAUCGCUGGCAAGAGGAACAAAAACGUUUGCUGGAGGAGCGUCAAAAUAAUCAGCGUUUAAUGUUGGGCUUGGAACAGCGUAAAAUGUAUCAAAUGCUCGGAUUGAUGCACAACGAGCUGGAUCCAAUGGACGAUUCCGAUGCAUCGGAGCAGGAUGAACAAAUGCUGAGCAUAGAAAUGCCGCGCCAUGCGGACUUUCAGGAGCAAGAGGAGGAGAUGGAACAGAGAGGCUUGGAAUUGGUUGAGAUUCCUGCAAAUCAAACGAGUCCACAACCAGCAAAGCCCAAACGUCCAUUUCUACGAAGAGGUGAAGGUCUCAAGCAGCGCUUCAAAGUGCAUCCCGAUAAUUUGCGCCUGGACAAUUUGCCGCGCUACAAGUUUGCCAAUGCACAUCCGCAGUAUCGUGCACCUGCACCUGGUAAGCCACAAAAGCGCAGCAUUUUAAAGACCAGAAAGCAGCCCAGAGUAGUUGCUGAGUCAGCCGCAAAGCCGCCAUCUCCGUUGUCCUUCAAGGAACAGCGUUUUCAACAGCUGCUGAUGAAUGCCCAAACCGUGUGCAGCUCCACACCAGAUCUGAAGUCAUCGUCUGCCUCGUCCAGCAAUACCGUGUCCACUAUUUCACCCAAGGUGCGUUUUGUUGAGCAGAGCGACACAGACCGCGCAAAAGGACAGACGGCCGAUGACGAGGAGUCUUCCCGUGAGAUGAGUCCCAGUGCCUUGAGGAAUCUUUGCUGGGCCAAAGUCCUGGACACGCAGCAAAUAAAGCCGCCCGUGUUGCAACGUCGCUCGACGCAAAUCUGCGUUGAAAAUGACGAAAACAUAAGCAUCUUUGAGUUGCUGGAGCAGAAGGCGCGUGAAGGCAGCAUCGACAUGAACUCGAGCUGUAUCCGUACAUUUAUGGCACGCAAGGAGCAGCGUCGUGACGUCGACGCCGCUGAUGACAGCGAUCAGAUUGUGGUUACCCAACAGAUGCGGGAAUUGCGAUUGCAGCCGGAAGUUUCGGAGGCGAUUGAUGAACGCGAUGACGACGAGGAGAACAGCACUUUGACGCCUCUAAGGCUGGCCGGAGGAGGACGAUUACCAGGAAAGACGCAGGUGCGGGUACGCUUCUCAGACUCCAAUGAUACGCAUGAAUAUUCGGAUGAGACAACACUACAGGAUGGAACGAAUGUGCAGCUCUUUGAGGAAUUCAAAGCAGCUUUGUUUCAGGCUCUGGAACAGAAAAAGACACAUGAAUCAAAGGCAGCUCCUGUUGAUGAACCAUUGACGCAGGAGCUGCAAAACAAAGCGAAUCUGGUUCGAACUCGUCUGCAGGAAUUGGAGACUGAAAUUGCCACGUUCAAGGAGCAAAAUGCACAACUGCUAAAGCUCAAGCAGCAGCAUGAAGUGAAUCAGGCACAGUGUGCCCAGGAGCAUCUGGAGGCCAUGGAAAAGGUGCACGAUGAGAAAAUACAAGCAGAAAUCUAUUUGCAUGAUGAGCGCAUGAAGAUCGAAGAGGAACGUCGCAAGUUCGAGCAGCAAAUGCGUAUGCAAAAGAGCAAUGUCAACAGCAAGGAGAAGAGGGAGCUGGCGGCACUCAAGCAGGAAGUGGAGGCUCUCCAGAUGCAGCUCAAGCAGAGGGAACAGACACAUGUCUCGGCUCAGGCGCGACUCCGAGCUCAACUGCGUGCCGGAGAAAAGGAACAACGCAGUUUGCAUGACGAGAUCGAGUUACUCAACCGCGAGAACAAGCGGCUGGAGCAGGAGCUGGUCAAGGUAACGCGAGAGAACAACAGCAAAAUGCUGCAGGAGAUUAAUCGCAACAUUGCCAGAUUGGCGCCAAAGCUGGAAACUACACUGCCGAUCACAAAGCAUACGGAUGAGAAUGGCAGACGCCCCAGCAAAUCUCUGGGUGACAUCGACAAGGACAAAUCAACCAGACAACGCGUGUCCAGUCGUCGCCUCAGCUGCAGUCGCAGUCGCAAGAAACCGGAGCCGUUGAAUGAAAGCUAUGCCUCCAGCAGUUCCGGUGAACUGGAUGAAGUUGUGCUUCCACCAGUUGCAACCAAGUCAGCAGCUGCCAAACCAGCAGCUGUCACGGCAAUCCCAACCGAGACAACUACUCCAGAUAACAACAACAGCAGCAAUAGCGAGUUCAAGCGUGAGAUUGUGAAUGCGGAUGGCAGUAAGGAUAUUUGGUAUCCGAAUGGUAAUCUUAAGAAGAUCAGCGCCGAUGGCAUGAGUGUGCGCAUGCUCUAUUUUAACAAGGACAUAAAGGAGACUGACAUACGUGCCGGUACAGUCAAGUAUUACUAUGCGGAGACAAACACAUGGCACACCAGCUAUCUGGAUGGCUUGGAGAUAUUGGAAUUUCCCAAUGGACAGACCGAGCAUCGCCAUAAGAAUGGCAUCAUUGAGAUACACUUUCCCAACAAUACCAUUAAAAUUGUAGAUCCCAGUGAUGCAGAGAAGUUGGAAGAGUGGCGCUAUGCGGAUGGCACGCAUUUAGUUCAGCUCCGGAAUGGUGACAAGAUAUUAAAUCUGCCCAAUGGCCAGAAGGAGAUACAUACUAAGCUAAACAAACGCCGGGAAUAUCCAGAUGGCACCGUGAAGCUCGUCUAUCCGGAUGGCAGCCAAGAGACACGUUAUUCCAAUGGCCGUGUGCGUCUUAAAGACAAGGAUGGCAAGCUAAUAAUGGACACAGAUUAUGCCAAGUAUUAGCCAUGAUUCAAUAAGCAAUUAUUUAAUAUAAACGACUGCAAUGUAACAAAUUAUUUUUAAAAUACAUGAAACUUGUUGACUCGCUAUAGAAUAA